UUGAGAUUCCGUUUAGUUCACCGCCGUCCGCGACAGUAAGCGCACGUGUUUGUUACAGAUACGUGAUGUGUGCCGCGAUAGACAUGCUCGCGUCCGAGCAAAUGUUCUACAGUCGGAGUCCUCCGGCCGGUUUCCUGACUGAUUACACACCGCAAGUGAGAAGGCCGACUAAAUUAUCUUCAAGGGGCUAUUCGGCGCCGUGUCUCUCGCUUCUCAAACCGGUGCAGUUGACACUGAAAGCGGCUCCAAGAUCGUGCAUACGGAUAUCAAGUGAUGAUAAGAAGAACAAACGAGUGGUUUUCGCUGAUGACAGAGGAUACGCGUUGGAGCAGGUCAAGUUUAUGACGGAACCGUCCCAUGUACCUCCAUAUUGGGCGUUAAAAAUUGUGUCGAGUCCACCGUCAGAGAGGAGAGCGUCUCCGAAAACUAUCGUGGAUCUGUGGGAGCCGAGAUUCCCCCAGCCGGCUUCGAACUAUUUAGAAUUCAGGCGUUCGAUUACAGAGAAUUGUAUUUCGUUGGAGAAUGUCAUUAUCAAACAGAACGAGUGUGCAGUGGACGGUACUGUUAAGGUCAAGAAUUUGGAUUUUAAUAAAGAAGUGUUCGUAAGAGCGACCCUGGACGGCUGGAGUUCUCACGAGGACACGUAUUGUGAGUUCGUGGAGUCCGGGCCCGCUAACCAGAACGGUGUUUCGAGCUACGACACCUUUGGCUUCCGAUUGCAGCUGCCCAUACACUCCAGGCGUCUGGAUUUCUGUGUGUGCUACCGCUGCCAAGGUUCCGAGUACUGGGACAACAAUAACGGCUCGAAUUAUACGAUAGAGAAGUCAUCAGUGAAAAAAAUGCCAGCUAUCGCGUGUGCCAGGAUUAAUUACGGCAAUUCUUGGACGGAUCGUGCCAGUCACAACGGCAACACUCCGUAUUGGUGAUGUUUGUUAUGGGACGUGAUGUUUUUUUUUUAUUUGGCUUGUGCCAGUGAUUUCGUGCCAUAAGUGCAGCUGGGUGUGAGCAGGUUCGUUUUAGAGAUUUUAUAAGCAGCCGUGGUUACGUGACGAGGAUGUUAAAGAUGGGUGAAAUAGCACGGAUUUAACGAAACAUUUUUGUAUGAUCUCAAUGUAACCUCUGGAGGAAUGUUAGAUUUUUGUUUUUUUUGUUUUUAUUUGUGUUUCAUUAUUAUUCCGAGUUGUCCGUUAAUUAGUUUUUCGCUAGCCAAUAAGCGGGUAAUUAGCGAAACGACACGAGAUAACAUGUCGACGCUGAGAUAUGAUUGUAUAUCAAUCUACAAAUAGCGAGCUGACGAAACGCAAACAUGUUAUAAAUAAAAUCGUAUAUACCUACAUAUAACGGCGUUAAGUCGGGAAGUCGACAAGUGGACCUUGUUUAUUCAAUGUUAAAUAGUCACCUUUAUACGUUGUGUUUUUGUAAUUUUGUCACAUCUAUGUCAAAUUGUUAGUAACUUUGACGUUGUAAAUGCAAUUAAUACUUUAAAUAAUGGUGCACUGAUGAUAAACAUUCCAAUUUCCAUGAUUAAAUCGUCUCAUAUGUUUUUUACAAACCGAUUAUCAGUUUCGUAUUCAUGGAUCUUAUGACAGUAAAAUGGCUACCCUGUUGCUGUCAAUGUGGAUAUUCUUAACGGAAGUGUAUUAUUAAUCUGUUUCCGUUUAGUUUUUUUUAUUGUGUAUCUGGAGGGUAUUUUUUAGGUUGUCAAAUUAAAAUAAAAUAAUCGUUAAAUCCUUGUCGAAAUGUAUAUAUGAUAAAGAAAUAGAUGAAUUAUAUUAUCGAAAAUAUUAUAUCGUAGAAUAGAAUGUUGCAGUGACUGACGGAUUACUUAAAAUGGUGAUUUUUUAAAAUAUAAUUUCAAUAAUAUUAAUAUUUUUUUUUAUAUAAAUUUUAAGCAUGUGUUGAUUUUUUAUUUUUUUAUAUGAUUCGUAUUAAAAUGAAUGACCGUAUAAUCUGAGAGCAUAUUUAACUUUGUCGUGCAAAGUUAUUUUAUGUUCCAUUAAUUUUUGAAUCUCAUUUAUUUUUUUGAACGCAACAAAGUACAGAGAAACUUAAUUUAAAAAAAAUAUAUAGAAUAAUGUAUUUAUUGUUAGCAACACAGGAAUUGCUUUUUCUGUAUUUUGUUGCCAUUAAUGAAAAUCUUCGAAAGCGGGAAAGUGUAUGUUAUAUAUAAUUUAUUAUGUAUGUCUGUAUAAAAAGAACUGAUUACUGUUAGAAAUACUUUUUAUAAAGAAUAUUGACUGUUUUCUGGUGAAUAAAAGUGAUUAUUUAAU